CAGCGAACCACCGCGUACCAUCACCAGCAACGAUGGUCAGUGCAUAACCAAGUGCAGUGUUCGUUUAGUGGACUCGUGCAAUCAGACAUUUGUAAAGUGAUGCUGCAGCCAAGAUUAAGUGUUAGGAUGACACGGUGGAGCUUUUUCCUGUGCGCUGUGCUUUUAAGCACCUUAGUGAGAUGUCAAGAAAUAAACGAGGAGGAACAAAUAGAGUCAUCAAGGAUGAAAAGAGAAGGAGUUCCGGAUAACAGGGCUUUUAAUACAAAUGGAAUAAUAUACGACAAUACCCCAUGGAAACCGGGAAAUGAUGCAGAGGCACAAAGAGCGGUCACAGACGAUGGAGAAAGGAAACUAAAUAACUUAGCUACAAGAAUCAUGUCUAAUGGAGUGGAAGUGUUGGUAAAGGACAAAAAUACUGACGGAAAAUACGAACAGACGAAAUACAUGGAAGUCAAGACAAUACAACCAUCGUCACCAACUAAAGUGUACAUGAGUAGUUUUCCAAAAGCUGACAAAAGAAUUGACAACGAAGAUGAUAGUCCUUAUGACCUAAUACAGCCAUCAGAAGUAAGUCAUGCAUCCUGUACUACUUCUUGUUCCUGUAGCAGUACGAAAACUGAAGGACUUCAAACCAAGUAUCCAAAUAGGGAUGUCUCUAUGGGGUCUUAUAAUAUGAAAACUUCUAAGUAUGGCAGUCCAGUUCUUGAUCUUCGACCGACAAACAAGGAACAGCUAGAGAAAAAAACUCAAUAUGGUCCAUAUGAAUACGAGACCAGUUCCCAAGUAACACCCACCGAUAGAAUAGUUGAAAAAUAUACAGAAGUCAUCAAUGAUUAUUCGGACGAAAAGGAUUCGAGUGUAGUGAACGAAAGUGAAUUACUGACUAACGAACAAGCUCCUACGCCAACCAAAACAAACAAAGUGAACAAUAAAACACCAGAGAAGAGUAAACCUGAGAAGCAAAAACCGAAUAAGAAUAAAUUUGUAGUUGCAGACUUAUUGAAAUUAGGCACUCUUGGAAUAAAAGGUUUGACUCAACUGGCUCCUGUUAUAGAGAAAAUGACAGGUGGUUUCAUAAAACGUCAAGAAACAACAAACAAAGUAACAACCACAACGAUUAAACCAGCAGUUAAAUUAACAGCAUACAAUGUAGAUAAGAGAGUUGAUAGUGAAAUGGAAUCUAAACAUAAUAACUUUCCGAUAUACAUACCAGUUGAUGAACUAGAAACCUCUGAAUCACAGAUGAUAUAUACUAAUGCAACAUUGCAUCAAAACUUAGUAUGGGCAGCAGAACACAAACAGCCUAAAGCACAUAUCGUCCCACCUAAGAUCAUUCAUGAAAGUCCUCUAGUUAAUGGAGGCAUACCUAUUAGCCCAGGAGAGAUUAUUACAGCUAACUCUGAUGUAAUUGUCGGUAAACCAGCAGUAGGCGGACCGUUGACAUUAGCAGCAAGUGGAAUCAAAUUGCAAAAUCCUGUUAGUCCGCCUCCAAUUGAUAGUUUUGUUGCAGCUAACGAACAGUAUUUGAUUAAUGAAAAACCUUUGUCUGAUCAAGGUGUAUUGGAUACAAAAGUGGAUGAUUCAUACGAUUUACGACCUCCGGGUUUGCCCAAUAUGAAACCUAAGCCAAAUAGGCCUCUUAAUGCACAGAGACCGUCGAUUUCUGUAUUUGGUCACCAAAAUAAAAUGCCACCUAGGUUACCGCCUACGCCGCAUAUAUCUAACGAUCAAUUAAUGAAAACCGAGCAUAUAAAAAGUACAACUAUGGUAUUAGGUAAUCAUGGUAGGCCAGCCUUUUUGGAUUAUAUUCCCUCUUUGGCUAAGCCAGUGAAUACGCAUAUAAAGCAUCAAGUCAAUUUUAAACCUGUAAACAAAGGCAAAGAACCUGAAGUACCUGAUAAUAGCCCAAGCUCUUCAGAAAUAGUAAAUACACAAAUCAGAACUGAGGACGAAUACGGAAUAGCAGUCAAUCCUGAAUCUAACAAACCGUUCUUAGUUGAUAUUCAACCUUCAAGAGUGGCUAAUGUGUUGAUACCUCAUGGAAGCUCAACAGCUUUAGUAUUUGCUGGUUCAUCAGAACCCCAUAAGACUGGAGAUUAUGUUGAUGACCCAUUACCGUAUCCCGAACCAGGUUACUUUGGAAGUUUUAGCAUCGAUGCACCACAAAUGACAAAUGUUCACAAUGUUGCACCUAAUAGCAAUAAACAAUAUGCUAAACCUAAUUUUAAUAAUCCACAAGAUCAUUAUAAGCCUAACAUACCGCCUUUCAAGGAGCACUCUAUAAGAAAUGAUUUAAAGAUAAAAUGGAAAGAUAAUAAACGACCAGGCGAUUACAAUAGAAUUCCUCCACCUACAAGUAAUCAAGAAACUCAUGUUCAAGUCGGGCCUCAGAUAACAUCUUAUAACCCGGAUAUAUUUAGUCCUACUAACGGAGAUUUUGACAAGUAUAAUAAAGUCAAAGGUAACGACAAGCCUAAAGACGGGAAAAAAAUUAUAGACAAAGAGUAUGAGAAUUAUUUAGCUGUUCCACCUCCACCUCCUAAGAUGAUCUUCAAUCAAGAUAACUCACAUGACAAGCUCAAGCCAUAUCAGCAAAGACCUAUUGUACAUACAAAACCAGUUCAAGAUAUGAAAGUAUUCCUAAAUAUACAGCAUCCAGUCCCUCAAGAACAAAUGCCACCGAAAGUUACAUCAGAAAUUUACUUUGCUGCGCAGGCUCCAAACAACAAACCUUCACCCACUUACACAAUUCACAUACCUCCAGCGAAGGAUUCUUUCGUGAAUACAUUUAAUAAACCAACAAACAAUAUUGUGUCCACACCAAUGCACACAGACGUUAACCAAGCCCAGAAUCAUUUUUCAAUCGUAUCUUCACCUAACAUAGCAAAUACUUCACAAAUUACUCACAAUGAUAAUGACAAAGAAAAUACAUACACUGUUACGUUGAACACAGCUACAAAUGUCGCAAGCAAUGUUGGGGAGGUUAGCCAAGUUAUUGGAUCAAGUGUCCCUGUGCCUAUAGGAUCGACUAAUGUUGGCUUAAACACUGAUAUUCCAAUUGGAAUAAACUUUGCUAUACGAGUGGAAGAUAAUCGUCCAUCAUUAGAAACAUAUAACUUGCAAGAAGAUCAAAGGAAGCCUAUUGUUUAUGAUGAGCAUGGUCGCGUACCUAUCAAUGUAUCUGUAGAAGAUAAUAGAUGGAAUACGAGCUCAAUAGAGAAAGAAGAAACAACAAUAGUUGGCCAUAAUUAUUAUCAUAAAAAUGUUAACGCACCUCCGCGCAAUGAUUAUAAUAAUCGUCCUAUAAUGCCACCUUCUUUGAACAGUCAUGCAAAUUUCCCUAUGAUGAAUGAAGACACUACAGCACCUCCGAAAGAUUUGAAACCAGUUGUGGAAUAUAUGGAUGAUGUUAAAUUUACUGAUCAGAAGAGACCAGCGAAACUGAUACCGAAUAUACCAACUAAUUCUCAUGGUUGGUACUCCAGUGUCUUGAAUGAAAAUAAUAUAAACCAAAUCAAAGUAGAGGCUACAACUAGAAAGGUUAUUCCAAUUCACGAUUAUAAUGAAAAGGAUAGUAUUCCUGACUUUGGAGAAAAAAUUACGAGUGCUGGUAAACCACCAACAGAAAUUUGGACGAAAAAUCAACAUAUAUUACCUAACUUUAAUAUAGGCAAGCCAUUUACGAAAGUUUCGACCACCGAAAAAACAUAUUCUAGUAUCCCACCGCUAACUACAAAACCCUAUGCUAGUAAUAAUUAUAUUCCGUCUAAUCUAAAUGCCAUGCAGCAACCAGCAUACGACAUACCGAUAAGAGAUAACAGUGAUGAAACUACAACAUCUACGCAAAAACCAAAACCUGUGUAUGAGAAUUCUGAAGAAGUUUACGACGGCGAAGAAGAACAAGAAAGUACUUAUGACACUGACGGUGCAAUCAGUUUAGAAUCUAUGAAAAUACCUGUAGUUAGUAGUGAGGUAGGCACUUCUACAUCAACAGAAAUAACUUUACUGCAAGACGAAGUAUUAAAUAAUUCAAAAGAAAAUCAUAAUAAUAAACUAUCUACUUUUAAUCCUGGAACGCAAACUGAGAAACCCUUCAGAACAUCUAACAAUAUUUCAUUCCAAUCAAAUGCGAUUAAACCUGUGUAUGCCAAUAAUUACUACAAUAUGAAACCUAGACCGUUUACAGUAAACACUGCUUUGGUACUUGAUCAUCAAUUACAGCAACCACAUUGGCAAAUAAAUCAUAUGAUGGAGAAUUCUUCUAACGCAUCUUAUGAAGAAAAUAUAGACUUAAACAUUGGAGAAGAAAUGAAUGCACCGUCUACAACGAAACCGUCGGUUCAAAGAAUUCCCUUACGACAGCCAGAAAUUGAUGAUAAAUACACACAGUCUUUCAGACCAGUGUUUACUCGCACAAACGGUACUCAAGUAUUGAAUGAAUCUAAUAUAAUCACAUCGACAGUCCAUAUUAAAGACAAGAAACCAUUAAUAGUUGAAAAGGCCACUGAAAAGUCGACAAUGCCCACUUUCACCAUAAGAAAUGAAGUAGAAUUUAACAAAACAUCAAGUGAGAUUGUAGAUUUAUCUCCUCCUCCACCUACGAUGGAUUAUAACUUUAAACCUUCGACUAACGAUGAAAUGAUUAUGGGUAUGAGCCCACCGCCUCCAAGAAACACACCUGCCGGGCGUCCUCCUGUAAGAGUUCCUUUAACUCCACGACCAAUUCCAGUUAGAACUCCUCCAUCGUACAGACCCAAACCUCAAAGAACUUUACCGCCCAGAUUACCCACACAAAGGCCAGUAAGGAAACCUGCCAGAGACGAAGUUUCCACCUACAGGCCACAUGUCCGCGAUGAUGCUCAUACACAUAGGCCAAUUAGGGAUGAAGUAUCAACAUACAGACCACUUGUUAGAGAUGAAAUUUCUACUUAUAGACCUGCUUAUGACAUCUUGAAUAAUAUCAGACGACCGGUUGCGAACCGCGAUCAACCUUCUUCUCAACUCUUGCCGCCACCCAGAGAAACUCCCUCUAAAGUAAUCACUCCAGUCACGGAAAUAUCUUCACCGACUAUCAGUCAAGCUCCAGCACCUAACUUAGUAUUCCCUACGCCUACGUCCUCAGGUUGGCUUACGUCAUCUGGCUUCGACUUUUCAUCAAGUUUCAAUUUUGCUCCAACGUCUAUACAAUUCCCUGAAACUUCCAAACCUUCCACGAUUCCAGACCUGUCCGAUGUUUCGUCUUCUGAGAACUCAUAUUCGUAUGAAGUCGAAUAUUCUUCAGAAAAGAGCGAUGAAUUACCCUCGGAAAAACCUAUAUCCACAGAAGAUAAACCAGCAGUUUCUAAGGAAGUUACUGAUUCUACUACAAAGACAUCGUCAAGCACAGAAACGAAUGUUAGUGACUCGUUUGCUGAAGAGUCGGCAGAAGAUACCGCUACGGAUAAAAUUAAAAUAAUACCCCUAGGUCAUAAAAAUAGAAUUCGAAAACCGUACCCUAUUCGAAAUGAUGAUAGAAAAACAACCACUAGUAAGUUCAAGCUGCCAUCUAAACCUACUUCUACUAUAAGACCAACAAGGACAUUAGCUCGUCCUGAUAUAGUGUACCCCACAAGACAUACCUCCAUUAAAAAAAUUGUAAGACCGAUACCCACAAGAAUACCUCCUGUUGUUCCACCUAGUAUUAUUGAAAGUUCCGAAUCAGCAAUAGACGAAGAAUUGAUCAGGCCUACAGAAGUCCUGAGGGAUAGCGUAAUACCGACUCCGCAAAUAGAAAUAUCUGGAGUACCAAACCCAUCAUCCACUUUAAUAACACCAACAUUAGAAGUAAACAUAAGUCCUAUUGUCCAACCAGUACAUCACGCUGGAAACGAAAUUAAGAUAUCAGAUGAAACAAUACCAACUAAAACUGAAUUUAGGACAACAGUUAUUACUUUGACAAAGACGUUAUCCGAGCCACCAACAACAAUAUCGAGUGUGGACUACGUAAACUUAACACAUACAUUGACAGUCACACACACCAAAACAAGUCUUGUUAGUCAAUCCGAUGGAGCAGUUACUGAGACCUUGGUACUAACAAAUACACAAACAUCAACAAUCGUUGACGUUGUGACAGAAAUACGAACACAAGUACAGCCUACAACUAUAAUAGAAACUGUUACCAAGCAUAUUCCAGUACCUCAAGUAGAACCGACACCAGUUCAGGAGAUAAAAGAAAAAACUAAAGAACCUCUUGAUGACAUAUCGAUGUCAUCGGAAGAAAACGACAAUUUAAUCAUCAGAGACAAUGAAGUGACGGAGAACGUGCAAAAGAUUGAGGUUGAAGGUGAAAAUGACAAUGAUACUUUCUUCGUUGUCAUGAACAAGUCUCAGAAUGGUGGUCAAUCACCGCCUGUGAAUACUGAAGUUGAAACUGGGGAUUAUGAUGGUAUAACUAGGAAUGAACAGGUUAACAGUAACGGCGUGUCUCAAGUACUGUUUGGUGAGAUUCUUCUAGCCGGCGCACCUUAUUUGGAGACAACGAAUGUUGGCAACGCAAAUGGCUAUGGUAAAGAGUGUCAUCCAGAUUGCAAAGCAUCGAGGAACGAGCGCUGUCAGAGAAUCGAUGGUAUCAUGAAAUGUGUGUGCAGACCUGGAUUUGCUAGGAUGUUCCCGGAUAGGCCUUGUAAACCAACCUACACAUACUCCGUGAAGCUUGCAUUGGAUUCGCAAGGCAGCAAACGUCUCCGAUUCCACCAGAACCUCUCAGACAACUCCAGCAAAGAGUAUCAGGCAUUAGCUGUAGCUACUCACGAGGGCAUCAACAGGAUGGUCAUGCAAUCUGAUUUGAGAGAUGUCUUCCAUGGCGUGCAUAUCACUGGCUUCCAUCCUGUUGAGAUGAAGGAGUCCGGAGGAGAUUUAUACCAGGGUGUUAUGAACCACUUCUAUGUGCAACUGUCAGACAAUGCUCAUGAAAGCCGACUAAAGGAGGUGAUAGAGAAGUACUUGAGGAAUAACAACUACAGCCUCGGAGGGACGGACGUACACGCGGCUGGUGAACUCGUCGAUAGAUUGGAUGUUAGCGAUUUCGACGAGUGCACUAGCGUCCAGUUCCACGAUUGCUCUGAGCAUGCGCAGUGUUUCAACUUACGUGGCACCUAUACCUGCAGCUGUCUCGAAGGCUAUGCUGAUCUCAGCGUUAAUAACCUGUACCCUGGAAGGAUUUGUUCCACGGAGCCUGUUGGUUGCGAGAGAUGUAACUAUCACGGUGCGUGCUACUCGCGUGAUGAUAGGAGAGUGCUCUGCGAAUGUUUCCAGUGGUACGCGGGAAGCACUUGCCAGAUUAACUUGAAAGUGGUUCUGAUAUCUCUGGUCGUAGCCGGAGCAGUUCUAACGGCAAUAUUGACAGCAUGCGCGAUCGUAGCUUGUCGCCGCUCACGACCACCACAGCGGUCCAUCGUGGCUUGCAUCCAGAGUAUGCCGGCUCUUCAUCAGGGUGCCAUGCCUUCGAAACAAAGACAAGAUCGCCGAGCGCUGAUCAGCGAGAGAGGUGACGCAGCAGACGCUUCUAGCAUACAAAAUGCAUCUCUACCUUAUAUGCCGGUUAAGCGUCCGUCAUCAACGAAGAAGAUGAUAAUGUCGGAGCCGCCGGCGCACGACCCGCCGCCGCCGCCCGCGCCCGCCGUCAUGAUACCGCGCGCACGGCUGCACCCGCAUCACGGCGACAGUCGAGAAAACAUAUCAAGAAAACGAAGCUUAGAACUGAGCAGCGAGGCGAAACUGAUUAGCUAUUUGGAGUCAGGAGCGAGCGCCAAUCAUGAGGAGAUGCGCAGAAAACACAGUUUGGAAUCAUCGUACAGUGCCAACAAAGACCGGCAUAACAAACAAGGUGCUUUAGUGUCAGCUGGUUUCAAAGUUUCCACCACUAUCCGAGGAGAUGAGGUCUUGAAAGACGAUCGAGAUGACUUAUCCUCGAUCAAUAAGGGGGAAUCAGACGGCGACAUAGGGCGGUUCGAUUCUCUGAGGAAAUCUUAUAGUCAAGAAGAUCUAUCCGAAUGGACUGACGCUGAGAGGAGACUUGGAGAACUGACUCUAUCAGAAGCAAGGUCAGUGGGAGGUACUCUUCCUGCGAGCACAGGACGAGCUGCGUCCUCUAUGCGUCUCACACAUCAGGAGGCCAAUACUAUGGCCGAGCGAGACCUCGGCUCCACCUUCCUCCUGCCGCACGUCCAUCUUUACAAACCAGACCUUACGAGUGACGUGUCGGAGUUCGAUUCCCUGUGAAGUCAUCGAAGAGACUUAAUCUUAAUCUUAAAAGUAUUACUCAUAAAGCUGUCUGCUGUACUUUAAUGUGGAUGAUUUUUACCACCAAAGUGAAGACUUAAUUUAUUAAAUUAUUUAUUCUUUUUAAAUUAUAAAUGCUUAUAAAUUGAUUAAUAUAUUGUUCGCGCUUUAUCGUGAUGGAUGUGAAGUGAUGAAUUUAUUAUGAUAAAAUAUUAUAAAAGAAAUUGAUUCUAAUUACAUUUAAAAAGUAUAUCAUAUAGGAUCCAAUUAAUUGAAAAUAGCAUAUAAAAAAAAACUAUACUACUAUCUACUCACAUCACUAAACUCCGCGAGUGUCACACAACAAAAAUGCCAUAAUAAUUAUAAGCAUUUUUUAGAUAUUAAGAAAACAGUGAAAAUAAUUUGAAUGAGAAAUCGUCAAAAUGUAAAUUAUCCCUUCUCUAUUCGGUAUAGAUUUCUUAUUUGAAGAAUUUUCAUUUAUGUUACGAUUAUUUAUUUCGUUAAUUUUUUCCGGUUAUUUAAUCUAUGGCGCUAUGUUCGGAAACCGGAAAUGAAAACGAAUUGAUUAAAGUAUAUUGUAGUAAACUUGUUAUGAAUUUAAAUGAGAUUAUUAAAAAAUAUUACAAAUCAUUAAAUCUUAGAAAUCAUAUAGAAAUACUGAUCUAAUAUUUGUUACGAGAAUAUAUACGACAUUAAAAAAAAUACCUAGGGGUAAUGGACCUUAUUCCGUCUACGGAGGAAUAUCCGUCCUUUUGCAAUUCCGGGAGUUCUAAUCGAAGGACAGUUUUGAUGGCCGUAUAAGUAAAUAAGAGAUUUUUUUACUCUCUUACCUAUAAUAUGGACAAUUAAUAUUUCCAACUCCUCCCUAUCUUUCUAUUUGAUUAAUUUCGUUGCGGGAUAAUGACAAAUUAGUUUUCUCUGAGACUCGCCGAGCUUCACCGCUCGGUGUCAUAAUGCGUGCCACUGCUGAUCCUGGCUUACAGGAGUUGUAGUUGCUUACGGGUGUGAGGGCGGGAAAGUCUCUAAAAGUCUCACUUACCUAUAAUGGUAUCGAAGCUGUCCUUCGAAUAGAUCGCCCGUAAUUGCAAAAAACGGAUUCGCUCCUAUAGAUGGAAUAGAGUCCCCGGACUUAAUUUUUUUACGAACAAUGAUCGAUAAAGUUGUCUGUUGGGAUAUUUUUUUUUAUUCCUACAGUCUUAUUAUAAAGUCUAGGGUAUAAGGAAUAGGCUUUAUUCUACAUAUUAAAUGAAAAAUAAUUGCAAUAACCUCUUUUUCAGCACAUAAAAAGGCAAUUUAAUUUAUGGAGAAUGUCAAUUAUUUCACGGGAAAAGUGUUUCAAUUUUCUUCGGUGUGCAAUGUUUGUUAUUUAUAACGCAUUAUGUUAUACACGUUUGUAUUUAUCGUUGGUAUGUUUGUACGUUUUGUUAAUAUAUUUAUUUUAAUUAA